AUGGCGCGCCGUCGCUUUCGUAGAAUUCGCUGCGCCAUAAGUUUUGGUGCAUUCUGCUUGGCGCUCACGUCGUCCACGUUCGGGCCACAGAUAUGGCACUAUGUACGACACCUCCUUCUAUUACCGGUGGCAAAUGCAAACCGAAUCAAAUGGGGCGACAAAACUUUGGAUCCCUGCGACGCAGCUAUGGAGUACGAUCUGGUGCUUUUCAAGCGGUGGCCCCUUGAGCACGCUUUUACCCCGCGGCAGCAGCGCUGUAUUCGCGAGGAGAUCGUUUUUCUGUCUAAUCUUUGCACGCGCGCGAUGCAGGUUUGGAACCAGCUGCUCGGACCGGCGUACCAUGAAUGCAUGACUCACGUCAAGCAGGUAGUGUGUGCCAGUGCCAGGAGCUCUGGUGCGGAGGAAAGAGCCGACUCCGACACGUCAUCUAGUAUUUCCCCUCCUGGAGACGACGCCCUUCAACGUGAUCCCGCUUCAACAACAGAUGAAAAUAUCAUCACUUCAUCACGUAAAAGCCAGUGUGUCUCGAAAGAGCAGCGCAAAUGCAGUGCGGAGCUUCUGCUGACGGCGGCAAUUCAGGAUGGAUCACUACCGCAAGACGUUUUUACAACCGAAGUGUUCGCCCACAUGGCACCCGUACGCCUAUCUCAGGAUUGCACGACUGCGACGCACGAACGCAUAUUGCAGCAGGUGCGCUACGACUUUAUAGCUGACUACGUCAAAACAAAUUGGCGCGAAUUGGAACGGAAGCAGCUGGCUCGGCGAGGAGUAGAGGGAACACGCCUAGUACAACAAGAAUCGCAGACGGAGGACAGGAGUGGAGAAAAUACGGAGCAGCUCGGCAACCGACCACGAGAUAUGCACAAGGGAGACAACUCCUUCGAAUCGUACUACCAAGGUUUAGUGUAUCUGCGAAACGCCCAUGUAACGCCGAAAGACGCUUUAAGCUUUUGGUACGGCGGGUGGCAGGGUGCCAUGAAUGCGCUGGUUAACGCGUGGCUCCUGAAAAAGGAGUUUACCGUUGGCGAACUCGGAAAUCGAAUACAGGAACUUGGCGAGGAGCGACAGCUCAGCAAUGGGAGGACGGAUGGAUUCGCACUUGGGAUCAUUGAUCAGCACCUUGCGAACCCGGACAAUUGGGUACAUUCCGCCUGGGGAGAACGCCACGCAGUGCUUUGCAACCUGGCGAAGCGGGUGACCGCUGCGAGAAGGGCUGAUAUCGCUGCGAAAGCCGCUACUAGUAUCGAGGCCGGAGCGGGGCGAACAACUGGAGAGCGAAAUACAGUAGCACAGCAGCGUGCUGCGAAUGAAACUAGCACCGGGGAGCCGUUUAUCCUCAAAAUCGCUGAGGUCGGGGUCUACCUCGGGCUCGCAACUGUGAAAUUUCUAAACGAGUGCGAUCUUUUUCAUCCGGACUCGCCGGAAUUUACGAAAAUCCAGCUGCAUCUCAUCGAUCCAUGGUCUGAAUCUGCUGCGGGGUACAAUGCGUCAGAGUUUUACGCGGGGAAGAGAGUGGUUGAAACCGCACUUAUUGACAAUGACAACGCCACCGCAUUUGAGGAGCGGCGUUCGCAGCGCGACCAAGUGUCCUUCGCGACAGUCUUCGAUCGAUUUUUGGAGAAUCUCUCGACCAAGCUGCGCUUUUUCACGCCGCGCGACAUUUUCCACAUCCAGUACUACAAUCAGGAGGAAAUACUUGCAGCCGAAAAAGAGCGGAAGAAUGUGAUGAAAGAGCAAAAUAUGGAAGAACAAGGUGUACACCAAGAGCAAUCCUCCGGGAGCAGCGCAUCAAGGCCUGCGUAUGAAACACCAACCUCGCCUGGGUAUCAGUUGCACCCUACUGACGCGACAAAGCGAGCGGCUGUUCCGCCCGGCACGCCGGGAAUUUUUAUCCAUCGUGCGAAGAGCGACCAGGCUGUCCACCGAAUCGCGGAACUUGACCUCGUCUUCGUGGACGGUGACCAUACCCUGGCUGGCGUCAGUCGCGAUCUGGCUCUCUAUGGUAACCUGUUGGUGCACCAACCUGGUGGCAUUCUCGCCGGUCACGAUUGGAAUUUAGAGGGCUUCGAGUCCGUCGCCGUUGCGGUCAUGGCCUUUCGGCUCGGCUUGCAUCGAAACGCGCGGGGGGAGUGGUUUCGUGGGCCGGUGUAUCAAGACAGCGAUUACACCUGGUGGAUGGAUGUUGGAUAAAGAGGCUUCCCUUCGAGAAAAACGAAGUAGAAACGAACCCGACCGGCAUCUUGUACUUGUUCCGCAGAUCUUCCAAAAUUCGAAUUGAAAUUUAAAGAUUUGCCUGGGAAAUUUAGUCUGCGGAAAGAUUCUGUAACCACACACUAAGAUGCUCUUCGAGAAGUGCGAGUGGAGUCGUGUUGCGCGUGUCCAAGUCGCAAAAGGGCUGGUCUAGGUGUCUUGUGAAGCACGCGUCGGCCGCAUCUCGUCGAGAGCUUCUGUUACCAGGCUUGAAUGGGUAACAAAUGAAACAAAUAGAUGAACAAGCCUCAUGCUGGCACAGAAUCCAUUUUCACACAAGAGCAUUCAGCUUCUGCAUUCCUAUGUAUGGUUUUGGUUCUUUGUGAAUCUGAAUGUGAUGAUGUAGCAAUGCACAGUUUCGCACAUAAUAAGACAAGAGCAACUUCUAAGCAAAUGCAAAGGCAAGCCGGGUGCGAGUCUCGAUCUCCGGCUUUCUUCAAGUUGUCGCUUAAGCGCUUCUAGACACAGGCCACAGGAAUAAAACGCAAGCAAAAUAGUGGUGUGGGUUCAUGAC